CACUUUAUUCGUUGCGUUGGCCAAAUCACAAACUCUAUUAUUCUUUCUCUGAUUGGUGGUGUACAAGCCAAAUGAACGUGAAAAAAAGUUCCCUUUUUUGUUGAACUUAAUUUAAGUUAGGAACAACUUUCUUUUUUUCCUGUUCUCAGGUUAGAACAAUGAGUUGUAAUGGAUGGUUGAAUUCGAGUUUGAAGUAUUAGGAUUUGUUUUUGUUAAAAUAAAAUUAAAAAAAUAACAGUUACAAACUUUUUCACGUGCUUGUAGGAGUCUUCCUUGUUUGUUGUCUCCCCCUAAUCCAUCAGUGUUUUCAGCCCUCUCUAGCUAUCAUAUCAAUUCUUUCUUUAUUGGUUUCCCAAGUUUCAAACUUUCCAUUUUUUCAAAACCAAUACCUUUACUUUCUUAUUUGCUUUUGAAUUAAAGAAUUAUUUGGGGCAUUUCUCUAUAUACUUGCCUUAAUUGGUCAUCAACUGUCACUGGAUUUGUCAAAGUUCUGAACUUCAUUAGUUUUACUGAACCAAGAUUGCAACCUUUUAAGGUUUUUCAGCUAAGGAAUGAAAGGGCUCAUUCCAAACUGCUCAAGAAAAGAGUAAUUUAGUAGUUUGAUGAACAUUGCUAGUAGCAAGAAGAAGAUACAAGCCAGGGAAAAAAGGGAUUUUGGCUGUGAGGUAAAAGGGUCUGUUCAAAAUCUUGACUUUAAUAAUCUAGUCAUUCUUGGUUCUUCUCUCUUUUACUUUGUCUGCUCUUUUUCUUUUCCUUCAAGAGUGUAUUUCUUUGUCUCAAGGUUUUCUUAAUCUGUCAGACCCAAAUUUUUGCCUUUGCUUGUUACUAUGAGCCUAUAGCCUUGGCAAACAGUAAAGUUGCUGCCUUGUGAUCAUGUGGUCCUGUGUGGCUUCCCUUUUUUUUUGUUACUAUGAUAUCUAUUUCUGUACUUGUGUUAUGUCUACCUCCACGAGAUAGGGGAAAAGUCUCGUGCACUCUAUCCUCUCCGCAUAUGUCACUUGUGGGAUUUCUUUGGGUAUGUUGUUGUUGUGUUAUGGCUAAAAGAAUGUGGCUCCUUUUCUGCUUUAUUCUGCUCCUUCUCUGCUUUAUUCUGCUUCUUUCUCAAGCUUAAUUCAUUUGGGAAAGUUGAGUCUUCACAAUAAUGCUUUCUCUCUAUUGAGUACUUAUGUCGAGCUUUAAUUUUAGCAUAAAAUCUCAUUCCUUUUUUCAGCUUAAGCCAACUGUUUCUUUUCCCCCUUUUUUUGUGCGUUAUGCGCAUGCAUGAGCUCUUGCUUCAUUUUGUGAGUGCUUGUAUGUUUGAUCCAUAUUUAGUCUUAGUAUAUAAAGUUGAUGUGGGGAUUUUGUAGUUUGUACAAUUCUCAUUGCAUUUUUUUGAUAAUAUGUUAAAGUAUUAGAGUUGAAAUAUUUAGAUAUCAAUUUUCUAACCAUUUUUUUUUUCCGCACGCCUCAACUAGUUUCAUGGGUUACCUUCCACGUUCCACUGCAACAAGUACAUGUAAUUCUAUUUACCAAGGCUAGGACAGAUCGGAAGAAAUCAUCUGGUGAUUGAUGUGAUAUGAUCUUUCUGAAUGAACCUGAAAUAUUUUAGAUGUCAAUUUUCUAAAGGUUUGACGUGAUAUGCUCUUUUCCUAUGAGCCUAACUGUUUGAGAAUUAUAUCUUGUAGAAGGAAGUGGUAGGAUGAAUGCUAAUUAAGCACAUAAAGAUCCUGUUGUGUCAUUCAUCUUCAUCUAGGAUGAAUGUGGUUUGGAUUAUUGUCUCUUGUAUAGUAUGCUUUGGAGUGUGUUCAGACGGGUUGAGUAGGAAUGGCACUUCAAGGCCUGCUGUUGUGAGUGUUGGAGCUAUAUUUACAUUUGACUCUACAAUUGGAAGAGCUGCCAAGAUUGCAAUUCAGGAGGCUGUGAAAGAUGUUAAUUCCAACUCUAGCAUCCUCCAAGGAACCAAACUUGUUGUGCAGUUGCAAAAUUCCAAUUGCAGUGGGUUUCUUGGCAUGGUUGGAGCCUUGAAAUUUAUGGAGACUGAUGUUGUUGCAGUAAUAGGCCCACAAUCUUCUGUAGUUGCCCAUACCAUAUCCCAUGUUGCCAAUGAACUUCAAGUUCCUUUCUUAUCAUUUGCUGCUACUGAUCCCACACUCUCCUCUCUUCAGUUCCCUUAUUUUCUUAGGACAACUCAAAGUGAUCUAUACCAGAUGACUGCAAUAGCUGAGAUCAUUGAAUUUUAUGCUUGGAAGGAGGUCAUAGCGAUUUUUAUUGAUGACGACUAUGGGAGAAAUGGUGUCUCUGCAUUAGAUGAUGCACUUGCAACAAGGCGCUGCCGUAUCUCAUAUAAAGUAGGGAUUUCCCCUGGAGCUACUGUGACGCGAGGUGAUGUUAUGGAUGUUAUGGUAAAGGUUGCCCUGAUGGAAUCUAGAGUCAUUGUUCUACAUGCAUAUCGUAAAUUAGGAUUGAUGGUACUUUCAGUGGCACACUAUCUUGGAAUGAUGGGUGAUGGUUAUGUAUGGAUAUCCACAGAUUGGCUCACCACUGUAUUAGAUUCCUCUCCUCCCCUGCCACAAGAUACUAUGGACACCAUGCAAGGAGUUCUAGUCUUGCGACAACACACUCCAGAGUCUAAAAAUAAAAGAGCAUUUUCUUCCAGAUGGAACAAGUUGACAGGUGGUUUGUUAGGGCUAAAUUCCUAUGCUCUUCAUGCAUAUGACACGGUUUGGCUAGUUGCACAUGCCAUAGAUUCAUUCUUUAAUCAGGGAGGGACCAUUUCGUUUUCUAAUGAUACUAAGUUGCAAACAGUUGAAGGAAGUAAUCUUCACCUUGAAGCAAUGAGUAUUUUUGAUGGCGGGCCACUUCUGCUGAAGAACUUAUUGGAGAGUGAUUUUGUUGGUUUGACGGGGCCAUUCAAGUUUAGUCCAGAUAAAUCUCUUAUUCGUCCAGCAUAUGAUAUCAUAAAUGUAAUUGGAACAGGUUUUCGACGUGUUGGUUACUGGUCUAACUAUUCUGGUUUGUCUAUUUUGCCUCCCGAGACCUAUUACUCGAGACCACCUAAUCGUUCAAGUACAAACCAAAAACUUUAUAGUGUUGUGUGGCCUGGAAACAAUGUUCAAAAACCUCGUGGAUGGGUUUUUCCAAACAAUGGUAAGCAACUGAAAAUAGGGGUUCCCAUCCGAGUUAGUUACCGGGAAUUUGUGUCUCAAAUUCCAGGCACUAACAAUUUUAAAGGUUUUUGCAUUGAUGUAUUCACUGCUGCUGUAAACUUAUUGCCAUAUGCUGUUCCACAUAAAUUUGUCCCCUAUGGAAACGGGCAUGAAAAUCCAAGCUACACCGAUAUGGUGAGGCUAAUCACAAUCGGGAAAUUUGAUGGUGUUGUUGGUGAUAUUGCAAUAGUUACGAAUCGGACUAGAGUUGUCGAUUUCACACAGCCAUAUGCCGCAUCUGGACUUGUUGUUGUGGCCCCAUUCGAAAAGCUAAAUUCCGGUGGCUGGGCCUUCCUAAGACCCUUUUCUGCUCAAAUGUGGGGAGUUAUCACUAUUUUCUUUCUCUUUGUUGGGAUGGUAGUGUGGAUUUUGGAGCACCGAAUCAAUGAUGAAUUUCGUGGGCCUCCCAAACAGCAGUUGAUAACCAUUCUAUGGUUCAGCCUUUCAACUCUCUUUUUUGCCCACAGAGAGAAUACUGUAAGUACGCUUGGUCGCAUGGUGCUGAUCAUAUGGCUCUUUGUCGUUUUGAUAAUAAAUUCAAGUUACACAGCAAGUUUGACCUCCAUCCUCACUGUGCAACAAUUAUAUUCUCCUAUUAAAGGUAUUGAGAGCUUGAAAGAAACUGAUGAACCAAUUGGGUACCAAGUUGGUUCUUUUGCAGAAAGGUAUUUGGAGGAAAUUGGUAUACCAAAAUCCAGACUUGUUCCCCUUGGGUCACCGGAAGAAUAUGCUACAGCACUUCAACGUGGUCCUGCAAACGGGGGUGUAGCUGCAGUGGUGGAUGAAAGACCAUACGUUGAACUUUUCCUGUCAAACCAGUGCAAAUUCAGGAUUGUAGGUCAAGAGUUCACCAAAAGUGGGUGGGGUUUUGCAUUUCCUCGGGACUCUCCGUUGGCAGUCGACUUGUCAACUGCAAUUUUAACACUAUCAGAGAAUGGAGACCUCCAGCGGAUACAUGACAAGUGGUUAGCAAGAAGUGCAUGCAGUUUAGACAAUGCUGAGCUUGAAUCAGAUCGCCUUCACUUGAGAAGCUUUUCAGGCCUCUUUCUUAUAUGUGGGAUUGCAUGCUUUAUUGCUCUCCUAAUAUAUUUCAUCCAGAUUCUGCGUAAAUUUUGCCGGACUUCCAACGCUGCAGUUGAUUCGGAUGGUCAGAAUACUACUUCACGUUCCAAACGUCUUCAAACUUUGCUGUCAAUUAUUGAUGAGAAAUCAAAUAGAGGCAGCAAGCGAAGGAAAAUCGACAGAUCAGUUUCUGAUGACAACAUAGAAAAUGACUUGGGAAGGGAUUCCAGGUGGAUAGAAACACAGGUUCCUUCUCAAAAUGAAAUUCAUUAGUUCAAUUAUGCCAGCUUACAUUUCUUAUAGGGUUCUUACCAAAGUUUCAAUUUUGACAACAUAGAAUUGUUUAUAAGAUUCAGCUGUUAACUGUAUAUUAGCACAAUUUUUACACAAUCAAUAUCAUUUAGUAGCUUCAACUCUGAUACUUUUUCUAUGGA